AUGGAUUUCGUGAAGCGUACUUUCAAUGCGCCGAACUCUACAUCUCGCAGAGGACAGAAUGAGCAGCUUUUCUUCGAUGAAGAUGGUCAUCUGCAGUUCGGACCAGACGACCCUGAAAACCCGAUGAAUUACGCAUUCGGACGCAAAUGCUACAUCACCGCCGUUGCCAUAUCCUUGGUGAUGAACGCUACUUUCUCUUCUUCUGCGCCCACCGGCUCCCUCCAAGGCGUCAGUGAUGAUCUCCAUGUCUCUGUGGAGGCCGCCGGCCUCGUCACCACGCUCUUCCUCCUGGGAUACUGCGCCGGUCCACUCUUUUGGGCGCCAUUGUCUGAAUUCUACGGCCGCCGCUGGAUCUUUUACAUCUCCUUCACCUUCUAUCUCGCCUUUGGAUUUCUCUGCGCGUUUACACCCAAUUUCGCCGGGCUCUUGAUCGGUCGCUUCUUGACUGGCACCGCCGCCAGUGCUGCCUUGACAAAUGCACCUGGCGUUAUUGCAGAUAUCUGGGGGCCUGAAAAGCGUGGAAACGUCAUGAUUUUAUUUGCAACGGCGACGUUUGUUGGACCUGCUUUGGGACCGGUCGUCAGUGGGUUCCUUCAACUAAAGGAGACAUGGCGUUGGACCUUUUACGUUCUCCUCUGGAUGGCGGGGGCCACCGAGAUCAUGCUUGUCAGUCUCCCCGAGACCCUCCCGAUGAUGGUCUUGCGUGACAAGGCUCGACGCAUACGCAAAGCACCCGGCAAAGAGGGCGUCCUAGCACCGGUUGAAGUUUCCGAUCGUACACUGGGAGGGAUUUUCAAAGUCGCGUUGACCAGGCCUUGGAGACUGCUUUUCGAUCCAAUCAGUUUCUUCGUCGCCAUCUACUAUGCCAUAGUAUAUACGCUUCUGUACAUGCUGUUCAGCAUUUACCCCAUUGUUUUCCAGCAGAAGCGAGGCUGGAACACUGGCGUUGGUGAAUUGCCAUUGAUCGGGACCGUCAUCGGAGCGUGUAUUGGCGGCCUCGCACUGUUCGUCUAUGGCCAGGUACAGGCCAGGAAACCCCGAGCCCGCAAGCCAGUUCCAGAGGACCGCCUUCCCGGGGCGAUGGUCGGUGGGGUCAUGUUCGCAGUGACUAUAUUCUGGUUCGCUUGGACAGCAGAGUACAAUUCAGUUCAUUGGGCUGUCCCGACGGUGGCGGGCACAUUCCUCGCAACGUCCAUCGUGCUCAUCUUCAUCGUUUUCAUCAACUAUAUCAUGGACUCGUAUCUGAUGUACGCCGCAUCUGCAGUCGCAGCGAAUACAGUCCUGCGCUCGGCCUGUGCUGCAGCCUCGCCGCUCUUCACACAGUACAUGUUCGAUGCACUCGGCGUGGGCGGUGCUGGGUCACUCAUCGGGGGUAUGGCUGUGCUGCUAAUGCCUAUCCCCUUCGUCUUUUAUAGGUAUGGGGCCGUGAUUCGGGCACGAUCCAAGUUUGCAUCGGGAGAGGAGACACCACGCCCGCCUACCGACGAGGAGAAGGCUGCGAAUGACGAGUCUCCUAGAAUGAGCAGGGACCGGCGGACAGAGCUCGCUGUGGGUACGAGCGACUGA